AUGGCUCAGAGCUUCGGCGACGCCGCCAUGAGGCCGGACUUGCACGACGACCUCGGUGACGCACUCACCCAAAGCGCCGAUGCAUUCAAGGCCAUUCUGGACACCAAGCACGUUGCGAGUUUCGAAAAGGCGACCAGCCAUGGCGUCUACGCUGACCUCCAUACCAUCCAGUCCCAGCAGCAGGAGAAGAGGACGAUGAUGAACCUCAGCAGGAUCCAGAUGUUCCUCGAGGGUAUGGAUGGCUUGCAGGAGGUUCUCAGCGAGCUGGAACCCUCCAGAGCAGUAAACAUCAUGGCGUGCGUCUGGGGCCCGAUGAGGUUUCUGUUGAACACCACAAACAUCAACGACAAGGCGUUUGACCACAUGCUCGAGGCCUACCAACGACUAGGGGCCGAGAUCCCGCCCCUUAACCAGUACAGACGGUUCUUCGCCGGCUCGCAUGACGCAAAGACGUGCUUGUUGCACCUCUACCGCGACGUCCUCGAGUUCCACAGGCUGGCAUACAAGCUCUUCUCCCUCCGCACGACGUUAUGGACCAAGCUACACAGGGCAUCGUGGAAAGACCUCGAGACGACCUUUGCCCACCUCGAGGAAACCCUCGGGCUCCACGCAGGUUUCAUCCGAGCCCACGGCCGCCGCGGCCUCGGCAGCGUCGACUCGGGCUUCGCGUCCCCUCCGACGCCGAGCACCUACGCCAACGACGCCGCGGCCGACCUCCGCCGCGGCCGCCAGGAGUACGAGGCCGCCUACGCCGCCGCCUGGAGGCGCUUCCAACGCGCCGAGCAGGACCGGAGGACCGAACAGAAGACCAAGAUCCUCAAGUGGAUCGCCGCGCCCAACAAGACGGAGACGCUCCACGAGAGCUUCGUCCGGACGCGGGCCCUGUGCCCGGACAGCGGCCGCUGGCUCUACAAGCGCUACGACGCCGUGUCCAACUGGAUGCGCGAGGACCCGCCCCGCGACUCGACGCUCUGGGUCCACGGCCCGCGGGGCAUGGGCAAGACGAUCCUGGCCUCGCUCGUCGUCGUCCGCCUGCGGGAGCUGGCCCGCGAGGGCAGGAUACCAGAGGACGCGCAGGUCGCCUACUUUUACUGCCAGGAGGGCGACCAGGACAUGUCCACGUACCUGGGCAUCCUCCGCGGCAUCCUCCACCAGUUCGUGAACAACAACGCCGCGAUCCUCCCGCUGUGCGCCGACAAGAUCGCCAACAGCGGCGGCUCCUCCCUCAGCUCCCCCGAGGCCGUGCUCCCCCUCCUCGAGGCCUUCUUCGACAUCAACCCGCGGCAGUACCUCGUCGUCGACGGCCUCGACGAGUGCGCCGCGACGACCGAGGUCCAGCAGGCGGUCGGGUUCCUCACGGCGCAGGUGGGGCGGCGCGAGGACACCAGCCAGGGCUCGCUGCGCGUGCUGUUCACGAGCCAGGCGACGGUCGACGUCCGGCGCGUCAUGGCCAAGCACGGCGUCCCCGGCGAGGCGGGCCGUGAGGUCGAGCUGGACGCGCGGAGUGACAACGCGCAGGACAUCCGUGCCUACGUCCGAAAGAGGCUGGCGCCCGAGGAGCUUCUCAAGGCGGGCCGCUCCUUCAACCUGUCGGACGACAACGUGCAGGACAUUGAGGACCAGGUCACGGCACAGAGUGAAGGGCUGUUUUUGUAUGCUGAGCUCGCCAUGGAAUACCUCGUCAAGCAGUUGACCAAGGGAGAACUGCUCGAGAGAGUCAGGCCGGGAAUGCUUCCAGACACCAUAUCCAAGUUAUACGACACCCUCCUCGGCACUCUCAAGGACAACCUCACCAGGCUAUCAAGCAACCACUGGGCCAAGGCGAAGCUACUCCUCGGGUUCCUCGUCUGCGCCCACCGGACCCUGAAGUGGCACGAGAUCCAGGCCAUCCUCGCCUUCGACCGCGCGCGGGACACGGUCGACUUUGACCUGAACAUGAUCCGCACCGAGAAUGUGGCCGACUUCCUCGGCUCUCUCGUCCAGGUCUUGCCAGGGGAUAACAUCAGGCUGAUCCAUUCCACCGCCAAGAAGCACCUCGUCGACACGGAACAUAUCAACGCAGAGUUAGUCCAGUGCGACCUCGCGACCAUCUGCCUCCGGUACCUCUCCCUCCGAUGCUUCGCCGCCGAGGACUACACCGAGGCCGAGCGGCUCGAGCACAUCCCCCUGGGCUACUUCUCCUUCCAAGACUACGCAGUAUCGCAGUGGUACAGUCACGUCGCCAGCGUCAUCACAUCCUGCAAGGCCGUCUUUCUCCCUCCUCCCCCCCCUCCUCCGCCCUCCUCCUCCUCCUCCUGCUGCUCCACGUCCUUCGCCUCCUCUCACAACGUCCAAUAUCAAAAUCCACAUAACACCCUCGUAUUCGACGCGGCGGCAGAGCAGACUCAACGGGACGACCACGCCAGGGAGUUCGCUUCCGCCCUCGCGCGCUUCGCGGCCGCCUACGACGCGGACCUGCGCCCCCACUCCCCGCCGCACCCGAGCCUCCCCCUCGACGACCUCGCCGCCUACGCCUCGCUCCCCUUCUACCCGGCCCUCUUCCGGGUCUGGAACCACAUCUACGCGCACCAGACGUCGCCCAUCGACGAGCGCAACAGGAUUGGCCUCCCCCGCCUCGAGGCCGCCGUCCAGCUCCACCGCGACGCCAUCGAGAAGGACUUCCGCCCGACCUCCCGCGCCGGCGGCGGCGCCGACACCAUGGAGCAGUACUACGGCCCCAACAUCUUCAAGUGCCAGCGCCUCCUCUGCAGAUUCUUCCACCAGGGCUUCGACGCCCGCCGCGACCGCGAGGCCCACCUCAGCCGCCACGAGCGGCCCUACCGCUGCCCCGUCGACACGUGCGGCUUCGCCCCCGUCGGCUUCUCCUCCAACAAGGACCGCGAGCGCCACGUCCGCAACUACCAUCCGGAGCUGAGCGACGCCCCCUCGGCCUUCUUGCAGCUGAGCCGCCGCGUCGAGACCGCCCGCUUCCGCUGCAAGAUGUGCCCCAAGACCUUCACCCGCAACAUCAACCUCAAGGGCCACGAGCGGAGCCACUUUGGCGAGCGGCCCUACGCCUGCCCCAACUGCGGCAAGGCCUUUGCGAGACUGAACGACUGCCGGCGGCACGAGCGGAUUCACGCCAGGAAGAGCUCGUGA